GAGAAUAUCGCGAGAGUUGACUGACGCAGCUGAACGUGUGAAGUUGUUGUCAGUGCUACACUUUCCUCUUUCUUCGCCCGUCUUCUGGUUCCAAAACGGCUCUUUAUUACGCGUUUAUGAGGAGGAGCACUCAGGAGCGUCUGCAGCGCCGCCGACGACAUGGCGAAGGGCAAGUUUUUCUACGCAGUGAGAAACGGCUUCAAACCCGGAGUCUACAAAUCAUGGGAUGAAUGUAAAGCACAGGUGGAGAAAUUUCCCUCUGCAUCUUUUAAAAAGUUUGCGGCAGAGAAAGAAGCCUGGGCUUUUGUCAGAGGAGCUGAAAUAUCUGCUCCUCCACCGGUGAAUAAAGGAGCUCAGAGUUUAGAUUCGGCCAUCACUCUUCCUAAAAGAGGCCCUGAACCUCUGGAGUACAUCCCUCUCGGUAAGAAGAGGUCCCACUCGGACCAGGAGGACGUGGUUUUACCGCCCAAACGAACCAAACCGUCGGAAAGCUCGUGUUCAGGAAGCAGCGGCGACGGAUUCACAUACAUGGGUGACGCGGUGGUGGUUUACACUGACGGCUGCUGCACAGGCAACGGGAAACAAGGAGCCCGAGCAGGCAUCGGCGUUUACUGGGGCCCCAACCACCCACUGUAA